GGCCAUAGCUCAAGUAUGAUUUUGUUUUCAAAGCGUUUGUUAAAUCUAGUUGUAGCACAUUUAUUAGUUUACAAUCAAACAAUGAAGCUGAUCCGAGCGAAUCAGACGGUAAAGUUUCCGGCUGGCGUGAAGGUCAGCGUUAAGUCACGCAGGGUGACGAUAAAAGGACCCCGAGGAACCCUGUCGAGAAGCUUCAAACAUAUUCCAGUGGACAUGAAGAUGGUCAGCGGCAGUCAGUUGAUCGUGGAGAAGUGGUUCGGCAUCCGUAAGGAGUUGGCUGUUGUCAGAACUGUCUGCAGUCACAUUGAGAACAUGAUUAAGGGUGUGACUAAGGGAUUCCUGUACAAGAUGCGUUCAGUAUAUGCCCAUUUCCCCAUCAACAUUUCAAUCAGCGAACAAAAUAGCUUGGUUGAAAUCAGGAACUUCCUUGGUGAGAAGUACAUUCGGCGAGUGACCAUGCCUGAAGGAGUUAAAUGCAGCAACUCUACCAACCAGAAAGAUGAGAUUAUUCUGGAGGGCAAUAGCAUCGAGCUGGUUUCACAAGCCGCUGCCCGUAUUCAGCAAUCUACAACUGUGAAGAACAAGGACAUCAGAAAGUUCCUGGAUGGAGUGUACGUCUCUGAGAAGACUACUGUUGAGGGAGGAGAUGCAUAAGCUGUAUUUAUACGAAGUAAAAAAAAACUACCUGUUAUAGGAAUGCACAUUUUA